GCAAAAGUGCUACCUAUCACUUCGAUAAUACUCCAAACAAAUAUGUCCAAACCACCUGAUUUCCAUAACUCUCCGUUUCUCAGAAACGGAGCAGGCUCUCGUGUAUCCUCUAAGCCUAAGCCUAAGCCCAAACCUGCAAACUCUGAGUUCCUUCAAAGCUUAUUAGAUACGGGCCGGCCCAAUUGGAAGAAAGCACCAAAGGAACUCAAGAUUAGAUACUACGGUGUUUAUGCUGUCCUCUUCUCUAUACCCAUUGUUUUCAUAUCUUCCUACGAAAUGUACAGGCGUCUUGAAGGAAAGUCGACCAAGAAGGUGCAAGAAGGAGAGAUUCUUGAAGAUAGACAAGUACGAACUUUUGGUGAGAAGGAAAAAUGGGAAGUUGAGAAAAAUUCCUUAAUGUAUAGAAUCUUUGGGAGGGACUUUUUCUUAGAUGGGUUUACCAGUAAGACUAUGAACAAGGAUAAAGACGUCAAGGAGAAAUAAAGCUGCAAUAUCUGUUGUUGCUUACAUAUGUAUAUAGUUCGUCAUUCAUUAAUAUAAAAUAUUACAGUAA